AUAAAUUCAAUGUGAAUUUGUGAAUUCCAGUGAAUUCAAAGAAUUACAUAUAACUAAGUCUUUCUUUUGUUAUUAUAAAAUAAUAUUUACACCAACUUACGUUAUUACUACAAAUGGCUAGUAAGAAAAACAUUGAAGAUGUGGAUCUCUACGCAAUACUUGAUCUUCAAAUCAGCGCUACUGAAUCAGAGAUUAAAAAAGCAUACCGCAAAAAAGCUUUACAAUGCCAUCCAGACAAGAAUCCAGAUGAUCCAAAAGCAGCAGAGACUUUCCAUGAAUUAUCUCGAGCCUUAGAAAUAUUAACGGAUAAAUCAGCUCGAGAAGCAUACGAUAAAGUACUAAAAGCCAAAGCUGCUGCAAAGAUAAGGCAUCAACAAUUAGAUAGCAAAAGGCAGAAACUGAAAGAGGAUUUGGAGAGACGUGAAAGAGAGGCAUCGUCAGGUAGUGGAGCUAUCAAUUUAACAGAUGAACAGAAAUUGGCUGCAGAAAUUGAAAGGUUGCAGCGAGAGGGAAGCCGACUUUUGCUAGAGGAACAACAGAGAAUGAAAAAUGAAAUACAAAGAACUAUGGGCCGGUUGAGUGAACCAGUGUGGGAUUCCAGUUUAAAUAGAAUUAAGAUUAAAUGGAAAGCUGACAAGAAUGAUCCACAAAAUGGGGGGUAUGAUGAAGCAGUACUGAGAAGAUGUUUGAAGAAAUAUGGCAAUAUUGUGGCACUUAUUAUUUCACCAAAAAAGAAGGGCAGUGCCCUAGUAGAAUUUGCUUCUAAGGAAGCAUCUGAUAUGGCUGUAGAGCUUGAAAAAGGUCUGGCGGAGAAUCCUUUGACAUUAAAGUGGGUUAAUGAUAGGCCAGUUCUUACAACUAAGAAGGAUGUAAGCAGUUCUUCACUAGUAUCGGAUAGAGACUAUGAGUCGCUGGUUUUAACAAAAAUGAGACAAGCUGCUGAACGACAAAAAUUAAUAGAAGAAAUGAUGAAAGAAGAUCAACAAAGUUGACACAUAAAUAUUUAUUUUCUACAAAUAAGCUAGACCUUAUGUGUUAUAAUAAACUGUCAUACAUAA